AUGACAUCGUCUAAACCCUUCCGACGACUUCUCGUCGCCAACAGAGGCGAAAUCGCCGUGCGCAUCAUCCAAGCCGCUCGCGAGCUUUCCCCACCCAUAGAAGUAUACGCCAUCUACACAGAAGAUGACACUUCGCACUGCGAGUGCGCUCACCCGGACCAAGCCUUACUCAUUCCAUCAGUGUCAACAUACCUCGACAUCCCGUACUUAGUGCAUUUAGCCCAAGAGCAUGCCAUCGAUGCCAUCCACCCAGGCUAUGGUUUCCUUAGCGAAAGCGCCGACUUUGCAGCCCGUUUACAAGACGCUGGCAUUACUGUCAUAGGGCCGGGCAGCUCAGUAUUAUCUCGCACGGGGGAUAAGCUGCAAGCGAAGCAACUGGCCGUGGAAUGCGACGUGCCUGUGUUGCCGGCGAUGGCGCAGCCGACGGCGGAUGUUGCGGAGGUGCGGGCAUUCGCGAAGCAAGUGCAGUAUCCUGUUAUGGUGAAGGCAGUGGAUGGGGGUGGGGGACGGGGGAUUCGGCUUGUAUAUGGGGAUGAAGGGUUAGAGGGUGCGGUGAGGGGCGCGGUGAAUGAGUCGCCAUCGGGGACGGUGUUCGUGGAGAAGGCGGCUGUAAAGGGGUUUCGACAUGUGGAGGUGCAGAUUGUUGGGGAUGGGAGGGAGGUGAGGCAUCUGUGGGAGAGGGAUUGCAGUGUGCAGAGGAGGUUUCAGAAGGUGGUUGAGAUUGCGCCGUCGGUGAUUGGCGAUCGGGGGCUUGUGAAGAGGGUGGUGGAUGCUGCGGUGAGGAUGGGGAGGGCUAUUAGGUAUAGGUCUUUGGGGACGGUGGAGUUUUUGGUUAAUGAGGGGAGUGGGGAGUUUUAUUUCUUGGAGAUUAACCCUAGGUUACAGGUUGAACAUACGGUUACGGAGGAGGUUAUGGGGGUGGAUCUUGUGCUGGCUCAGUUGAAGCUGGCGAUGGGGUGUACGCUUGCGGAGGUUGGGCUUGGGGGUGGGGGAUUUGAUAAUCCUAAGGCAUGUUCGAUUCAGCUCCGGUUGUGUGCGGAAGAUCCGAGCAAUCAGUUUGCGCUCAGUGUUGGGAAGGUGACUGAGUUGGUUGUUCCCAGUGGCCGUGGUGUGAGGGUUGAUACCCAUGUUCGUGCUGCUGGGGCCAGUCCUGUUGUGGUAGGGGCGCAGUUGGAUAACUUACUUGCUAAGAUUAUUGUCACUGCAUCUACUUGGGAGGCAGCAGUGCUCAAGGCCCGACGAGUGCUUGCAGACACAACAGUGGCUGGUGUCCGGACUAACUUGGAGUUGCUGAGAGGGGUUAUUGCUCAGGAAGAUUUUCUUUCUGGAAGGAUUGACACACAAUGGCUGGAGUCCAGUCUGGAUCAAGUGCUCCAGCAGGGAGCAAUUGUCUCCCGAUCGGUCCGUACUCAAGCACCUGGACAAGGACAGCGUCCCUCUGCAUUGCCUAGUGUGCCUUCUUCGAAUCUCCUAUUUCGGCGAGGAGACGCAUGGUCAAUCAGUCUCACGCCAGUGGAAGCGUCUGAAAAGUCACAGCAACAUCAUCUCCAACUAACACGCGUGCUGCGGAAUGACUUUCCGACUUCGCUUGCAGCGGAGAUCGAGUACCAGACACCCAAUUCUUCCAGUGCUUAUCGGCUGGAACUCGCAGCCACCUCAACCACAGCAUCUGCUUUAUUUUCAUCUGCUCAUCGCCGCGGAGACAUGAGCAACCCUCGACACAUUGUCCUUCCUCUAUCUGGGAAGUUAAUUGAAGUGCUUGUGUCGGCCGGGGAUCAUGUAGCUGAGAACCAGGUGAUAGCGUUUAUCAAGCAAAUGAAGAUGGAGGUAGAGGUGCGCAGCCCGCGCGCAGGUCAAGCACAAUGGGUUUAUGAGAUGGAAGAUGAAGAAGAGGAUGUGGCUGAAGGGAUGUUGUUGGUGGAGUUGACCGACGGGUUGCAAGGGAAGCUCUAA